AGUGGCUGAGUUGAGCAACUAUCUUUUCUCUUCUAUUCAUCAUCCAAAACAAACAAAGAGACAACAAAUUUCUAAUCCAAAUCAAGAUCAUGAUGAUAGAAUUAGAACUUUCUACUUCUUUACUCCUUUGCCUCCUUCCUUUCCUCUUCUUCUUCUUCUUCAUCAAUCUUUUCCAAUCCAAAUCAACCAAAAUCCCAAAAUCUUAUCCAAUUAUUGGUUCCCUUUUCUCAAUCUUUGCAAACAAACAUCGUCGGAUUCAAUGGACUUCCGAUGUUAUUCAAACAACUCCCAAUCUUACUUUCACUCUCAUUCGUCCUUUCGGUUUUCGUCAAAUCUUUACUGCAAAUCCAUCCAAUGUUCAAUACAUACUCAAAACUCAUUUUCAUAUUUACCAAAAAGGUGAAGUGUUUAAAACAACUAUGGCUGAUUUUCUUGGCGAUGGUAUUUUUAAUGUGGACGGUGAAAUUUGGAAGUACCAAAGACAAGUUGCUAGCCAUGAAUUCAAUACAAAAUCUCUACGAAAAUUCGUUGAAACUGUUGUUGAUGCUGAACUUAAUGAACGGUUGAUUCCGCUUCUUGCUGAUGCUGCUGUUGAAAAAAAAGUCCUUGAUUUCCAAGAUGUUUUACAGAGGUUUGCUUUUGAUAACAUUUGUAAAAUUGCUUUUGGGUAUGAUCCUGCUUAUCUAUUGCCAUCUCUACCACAAGCGAAAUUCGCAGUUGCUUUCGAAGAAGCUGUUAAAUUAAGCAGUGAAAGAUUCAAUGCUGUUUUCCCUUUUCUCUGGAAAAUAAGGCGACAUUUCAAUUUCGGAACUGAGAAGAAAUUCAAACUUGCUGUAGAUGAAGUUCGUCAAUUCGCCAAACAGCUGGUUAAAGAAAAACAGAGAGAACUAAGUGAAAAAUCGUCGUUAGAUUCUGUUGAUCUAUUAUCAAGAUUCUUGAGCGUUGGUCAUAAGGACGAAGAUUUUGUUACGGAUAUCGUUAUAAGUUUCAUAUUAGCUGGUCGUGACACAACAUCAGCUGCUUUAACUUGGUUUUUCUGGUUAAUCUCUGAACACUCACAAGUAGAAAGUUUUAUUUUGGAAGAAAUCAAAGCAAAAUCCGAAAGUCCAGUAUACGACGAAGUGAAAGAGAUGAUAUACACACAUGCUUCACUUUGCGAAAGCAUGAGAUUUUAUCCACCAGUUCCGAUUGAUACUAAAUCAGCUACAGAGGAUAAUGUUUUGCCAGAUGGAACUUUUGUUAAAAAGGGGACAAGAGUAAGUUAUCAUCCCUAUGCAAUGGGGAGAGUAGAGAAAUUAUGGGGAAAAGAUUGGGAUAAAUUUAGACCAGAAAGAUGGUUAGAUAAGGAUGAAGUUUCAGGAAAUUGGAUUUUUAUGGCUAAGGAUAUGUAUACAUAUCCUGUUUUUCAAGCAGGGCCAAGGAUUUGUUUAGGGAAAGAAAUGGCGUUUUUGCAAAUGAAGAGGGUGGUGGCUGGUGUUUUACGGCGGUUUAGGGUGGUUCCGGUGACGGAUAAAGGGGUGGAACCGGUGUUUGUGUCGUACCUCACUGCGAAAAUGAAAGGUGGUUUCCCUGUGACAAUUGAGGAAAGGAACAAUUCCUAGUGGUCUUGUUAGUUGUUGCUUCUUCGCCUUGUUUUUAAUUGUUUUGGAUUUUUGUGACAUUUAUUUAUGUAGCUCCGUGCAAAAAUAGAAUCGAAAAAAAAGGGUGUAUAAAGAUUGAAUUGAAAAAUAUGUUAUUAAUUUAUUUUUAUUGGGUUAAUGAUUUUAUAAAAAAAAUUAUUAUUUGA